UCCCUCGUUUCGACACGCCCAUUACACCACCCUACAGAGAACCGUCCUGUCAUUACUCAACAACUUAUUGCAAUAUUGUUCUCCAUCUUCCAUCCAGUAACAGUAACUCUGGCCCUGUUCGUUCGGUAGUGAGGUAGCACCAGUCCUCAUCAUGAGUAACAUCACCUCUUGCAUGGGACCUCAGAACCUUGUUUCUUCCAUUCUGAAGCCCAUUCUUAUUUUGGAGUUUAUUUUAGGGUUGUCUGGAAAUGUCUUUGCUCUCUGGAUUUUAUUCUUCAAGUCACCAUGGAAAGCCUGCAACAUAUACCUCUUAUGUCUGGUAGUAGCUGACUUCCUACUGCUCAUUGGGCUUCCUUUUCGCAUAGACUAUCUCUUUCGAGGUGAAGAUUGGAUAUUUGGUGAAUCUUCUUGUCGCUUCAUCCUCUACAUCAUAUCAGUGAACUUCUCAGCAAGCGUGGUGUUCGUGUUGAUUUUAGCAGUGGACCGCUUCUUCAGGAUCCUUUACCCACAGCAUGCUAUCACUCGAAUGAGUGUGAGACAAGCAAUAAUGAUGGUUAGUGCAGUUUGGGUGGGAGUUUUACUCCUUCGCCUUCCACCUGCCCUGAACGUGGUUCUCCAAUCACAUAAAAACUCUUCAAAGCUCAUAUGUCAAAGUUUUCUCUCAUGGACAUGGCCAUCGUUAGAAAUGAGGGUAUACAAUGUAGUUCAGCUGAUAGAAGUCUUGAUAGCUUUCAUAUUGGUGCUCUUCUGUUUCGUGCGUGUUUCCUUGCAUGUCAAUGGACGCUCGCUUAAGCCACACCGUAGGGUGAAACGGGCAGUGCGAUUGCUUCUGUUGCUUGUGAUCAUGUUUGUUCUUUGUUUUCUACCUACUGUCAUUGUUAGUAUCUUCCUCCAAGGGUUUCCCUGCUCUGCACACUUACUGGUAAGUCUUAAUGCCUCUUUAGCAUUAACCUAUAUGAACAGUGUACUAGAUCCAGUCAUCUACUGCCACACUAAUGCUUGGUUCCGAGACACUCUGAAAGGAAAAUCCAAUUCUUUGGGAUUGACAAAGUUCCAGAUGAGUGUAAAAACGAACAGAAAAUCUUGAUCUACCGGAUUAAGUGGUUCCUUACACUUAUUGACCAUAACGAAAAUAACAGUUGUCAUUCCUUCCCUCAAUACCACAAGAAUAAUGAUAGUUAUUGUUGUAUUAUGUACUAAGGUUGACUUAAAUUGUGACAGUUUUGCUUAUACAUUGUACAUGCUUUUAUAUACUGUAACUGUAUUAGUAUGUUCUGCAUUCAUUUACAGAAAACAUACAAUAAACUUAUUUUAUACAGUAUUAGCACACA